UUGUAAUGCUGAUCAUCAACUUCCCAUCCUGUGAUAGAUUUCCACCAUAGGAAUAGAGGACUCAUCCUCUUGUGGGUCAAACCGCUUCAUUAGGGCUUCAAUUUCUGAAUCAGGAGGGUUGUCUGUUGUGUCCAGGUACGUUGUUUGGGACCAAUCUCGACUCGAGAGUGGAGAGUACGCUUAAUCGUGCGCGCCACUUCUACGCGCACCCAAAUCGUAUGAAACAUACAAAUUCAUAUUGUAAAUUUCAAAAUUAUAAAACCACUUACAGUGACACCGCAAAUACUCCCUCCUAUAAAACCGGAACCCUAAAAAUUCAAAACCCUAAUAACUAUUCGAAUUAUUCCGUCUCCGUGCUUCUGAAAAACUUCCAUGGAAUUCAAAUUCCGAGCUGUGGAUGAUCGUCCGAUUUCGUAUAUUCUACCUUCUUCCGGGUUUCGCCACUCCUCUACUCAAGUACCUGGUGUUGGUUUUCCGAGCAUGGAUUUUCCAAUCAACCAUGACCCAAUGAGAAACCCAAUGAGAAACCACAUUGAUUAUUGGGAAGCGAUCGUGCGCGAGCGCGAGAAGGAGCGGAUCAGGGAGGAGAUACUCGCGACCGAAAUAGCCAAGCGGAGAGUGCUGGAGGCCGAGGUGCGUCGGGAACUCGCGGUGUUGGAGCGAGAGAUGGCUAUACGGAGAGGCGGUCCUGAAGGAUUGUCUUUGGAGGAGCGAUGGGUGUCGAGGAGAUUUGAUGGCCCCAGGCUGCCCCCGUCUCAUCCGUUGGAUGACCCCUUGCCAUUUCAUUCUCGUUCCACCGCAUGCGAUAUGUUCCCGUUGCCUCGGCACCCAGACGCCAUCUCUCCCGAUUUGAAGCCCUCGUCGGAUGAUAAAUUGAUAGUUCUGGCUAAGCCCAAGUCAAAUCUGUCUGGAGCAAAGAGGAAGGCUAUGGCACCAGCUGUUGUGCCAUUUAGUCUGAAGAAACCUAAGGAGGAGUGGAGUUGUGCCUUAUGCCAGUUUAGUGCAAUAAGUCAAAGAAAGUUGAAUGAACACCUUGAAGGAGCGAAGCACAAGGCAUUGGAAGAAGAACUUAGAGCUCGGAGGAAGCGUAAGAACCCUAAAAAUUCACCAUUGUUGAAGAAAAUGACAUGGAAGCGUUAUAAGCUUACAGAGUCCAAUGAUGCUGGAAAUUCAAUACUGGGUGCUUAUGUGGAACAGAAAUCGCUUAAACACUAUGAAACAUGGAAUGGUUCUGCAAAGAAAAGUCGGUGCAUAAAGGAUAUGAAGUUUAAAAGGGAGGAGCUGCUAAUGCAGAAAUUCAAACAUGCAGAAAAUACAAAUAAGAUGAAUGGGGCAGAAAUAGUGCAGAAAGUGGAGAAAACAGCAGAACUCAAGAACAAGAAUGAUUUCAAGUUUUGGUGCGAAUUGUGUCAGGUUGGUGCCUACAGUGAAACAGUGAUGAAGGAUCAUAAGAAGGGCAAGAAGCACAUGGAAUCACUCCAACACAAUGAAACAUGGAAUGGUUCAGAAAAAGAAGAUGACACAAAAGACAUAGAGUUUAAAAGCGAAGAGCAGCCUGCGCAGAAAUUCCAAAGUUCAGAAAAUUUGAAUGAGGUUAAUGGGGCAGAAUUGGUGAAGGGAGAAGAGAAACCAGCAGAACCUAAGGACAAGAAGAAUUUUAGGUUCUGGUGUGAGAUAUGUCAGGUUGGCGCCAACUGUGUCAUAAAGAUGGAGGAACAUAAGAACGGGAAGAGGCACAUGGCAAAGCUUAAACUUAAGGUUAGACCAAAUGGUUCGGAAAGGAAAAAAGAGAAUACAAAAGAUGUACUACAAGAGUCAAAAUCUAAAAUUAAGAAGCAGCAAAUGCAGAAAUGCCAAAAUUCAAAAAAGUUGAAUGAGAAAAAUGCGGCGGAAACGGUGCAGGGAGUAGAGAAAAAGGCACAACACAAGGAUUUUAAGUUUUGGUGUGAGAUAUGCGAGGUCGGUGCUUACUGUCCGGUAGUGAUGAAGGAUCAUAAAGGAGGGAAGAAGCACUUUCGUAGGGUUGAGGAAGUUAAAACAAAAUGAUGCAGUCUCCAUUCACCUUCCCAUAUGCUCCAUUACAGGGCACACAGGAACAGCCGGAACCAGGACUGCCCCAUUAAGGGGACCAAAACAAAUUGUCGUAUUUUAUAUUUUGCUUAUUUGUUUGAAAAAAUUUCAUUAUGUAUUUUCCGUAGGAUGAUUACAUAAAGUAGUUUGAAAUAUUUUCAUCAUUUAUCCUUC